CUCAGAGAAGACGCGGGGUACUGCUACUGAUAAGCCACAUUCGCGCAGCUGAUUGUUUGUUGAUUUUCCCCCGCGAGAGAGAAGUUGAGUGAUUUGAGCGCACUGAAGGCCCUUUUGUUUGUCGGAUUGUAUUAUUGUUAUUAUCGGUGUGCUGGUUCACGAGCAGGCAGCCUGGACCGUUUGAUUGGUGCAUCGGGCAAGGUUUUAAUUGCGGUUAGACACUCGAGCGGUUCGGUUGUGCUUUUUCUACGUUGUCUCCUAGCGUAGCACCAGUUUGCGAGGUCCGGUUGAGGGUGCAAAGUGAAGUUUCCAGCUGAAGUGCUUUGAUGUGAGGUAUUUUCUUAAAACUGGAUCGUUUUCGAAGGUGAAGAUGAGUACAGUGUAUCGCGGUUGUGCUGAACAUAGAAGAGUGCCCUUAUGCGUGUAGAUUUGAAAGAAGAUUGUGGACACAGUGUGCUAGUUCCGAGCAAUAUAAUUUUAUAGAGGUUAUCAAAGCUUCGUGCAGCCAAAGGCGAAGAAAUAUCUGAAGUGAUUGUCACAGAGCUCGAUUGAUUGUAUAUGACAACUACGACAGGAGAGAGAUAAGGCAUCAACGGCUGACGUCAGUGGAAAUUGAAUAAGGAAAAGUUAACUUUUACCAGCCAAUAUUAGCACAUGACUACAGGCAACUAUCAAGAUCUACAUGCAGCCGAAUAGUUUUCCAGCAUAAGUUUUGGUACAGAUGUUUGAUUGCUUGAGGAAACCACGCUCUCGACUGUGACCCACAAAGGAGUAUAGGCCUACUCCUCCGCAUCGCCUGCCGCUCCGAGUGAAGCAGGGGAAGUUGCUAGAACUAAUAUGUCAGCGCCUUCAUGCUGGAAGAUUCUAACGCGCAGGAAAGCACUAACCAUCGGGAAUGAGGGCGACUCGGACAACGACAAGCUCGGCCGGAUACUGAACACCUUCGAUCUGACUGCACUGGGUGUAGGAGCCACCCUUGGAGUCGGUGUGUACGUGCUCGCCGGACAUGUCUCGAAGGAUCAAGCCGGACCAUCGGUGGUGGUGUCGUUUCUGAUUGCUGCUUCUGCCUCCUUUCUAGCUGGUCUUUGCUAUGCGGAAUUUGGAGCACGAGUUCCGAAGUCCGGUUCGGCGUACAUCUACAGCUACGUGUGUAUCGGAGAGUUCAUGGCGUUCAUCAUCGGCUGGAAUCUGAUGCUGGAAUACAUUAUUGGCUCGGCAAGCGUAUCUCGAGGGCUAAGCUUAUAUAUAGACACGUUAGCUAACGACACGAUGAAGAACCGGUUUCGAGAGAUUGCUCCUAUGGAUUGGGACUUUAUGUCGAACUAUUUCGAUUUUUUUGGGUUCUCGGUGGCGAUUUUAUUGGGAAUUGCCUUGGCAUUUGGCCUUAAAAAAUCUACAAUGGUAAACAACUUCUUCACGGUUUUGAACAUAGGGAUCGUGCUGUUUGUGAUCGUUGCCGGAUCAAUAAACGCAGACGUUUCCAAUUGGACCAUUAAUCCGGCUAAUGUGUCAUCAAUAUACAAUGUGGGGGAGGGAGGGUUUUUCCCGUUUGGUUUCGAAGGAACUUUACGAGGUGCCGCCACCUGUUUCUUCGGUUUCGUAGGGUUUGACUGUAUUGCCACCACCGGUGAAGAAGUUCGAAACCCACGUAAAGCGAUUCCACGAGCGAUCCUCUUCUCAUUGUGCACCAUUUUUCUGGCAUACUUUGGAGUGUCCACAGUUCUGACGUUAAUGUGGCCGUACUACAAACAGGACGUCAAUGCCCCUCUGCCCUUUGUAUUCAACGAAAUCGGUUGGGAUUUUGCCAAGUGGAUAGUCGCCAUCGGUGGGAUUAUCGGUCUACUGGCCAGCUUAUUCGGAGCCAUGUUUCCACAGCCUCGGAUCAUCUACGCUAUGUCUCAGGACGGGCUGAUAUUUCGGGCACUCGGGGAAAUUAGUCCACGGUAUAAGACACCGGUGUUUGGGACACUGUGUGCCGCUCUGCUGACAGGAACCAUGGCAGGGCUAUUCGAUUUGAAGGCUCUAGUCAACAUGCUGUCCAUUGGUACUCUGAUGGCGUACACAGUGGUAGCCAUCUCGAUACUCAUUCUCAGAUUUUCCGAGGAAGAAAAUGACAACUCGAUUCCUUCGACGAGUAAGCAGAUUCACGAAAGCUCAAAUCUGCUUAAAUCUGGAAACCGACUGACAGGAUCGGCUUUCAUGAAGCAGCUAUUCAACGUAUCUUGCGUGAGGAUACCGUCUCACAUUUCAACGAGCGUAGUAGCUAUUCUCGUGACACUGUACUGUCUCGUGUCCCUAGCCUUAUCACUCACGAUUUACUACGCCAAGCAAUCACUGUACGAUCUGGAACCAUGGGCCAUAACGCUGACCGGAACUCUUCUCGGUCUGCUGUUGAUACUGUUAUUACUGAUGUCGAUUCAGCCUCGAGAAACAGCCGAUGCGCCGUUCAAGGUACCCUUGGUACCUUUGCUACCCGCGAUCAGUAUUUUCGUCAACAUCUACCUGAUGCUGAUGCUGGAUGUGUAUACGUGGAUUCGCUUCGGGAUCUGGAUGGGAAUAGGUCUACCAAUUUACCUAGCUUGUGUCUGUUGCGGUAGUCGUAACAAAGAUAGCAAAAAAGCAUCUAGCUGCCGAGAAAGUCGGUCUGGAGACACGUGUACAUCAGAAGGUAUAGAAAAUGGUGGGUUCGAGCCGAACAAUGAGACGGCUAUCACGCAAAAUGGGUACUAUUCGAAGAAUCUAAGUGACGCGAUCAAUGGUCUGGAAGACAAACAAUACAACUUGAUUCCGGUUGCCGGAACAGAUCAAACCAAAGUUAACAAAGAAGAGGAAAUCGUUCAGACAAAAGCAAAGACGACAACUCCUUCGCCGAAGAAUAGUAUGGAUGAAAUUGUAGCCGUUGCCGACAUAUCCGAUUUAAUAACGGAAAAAGUUGAACCAAACGGAAAGGCUUACUUCGUGGAAGAUGUAAACGAAAAAGAUUUGGACCGAUCGAAUGAAGAGACCAGUAAAGCAAUUGCUUUAUUGGAUGACAUACUAAAUGAUGAAGAGAAAGCGAUGGAUGACCUAUAUCCACCCGAUUUGAGUAUAGAAUCGUCGCUUAGUCCAGUAUUUCGUGAACAAUCCGUUAUCGCAGAUAUCCAUCGCGAAGAUGAGAUUUCCAUGCAGCAAUUGGAUGAUAUCCCCAUUGAAGCCAGCUCGGAAGAACCACCUGGUGAAAAUCAAGCAGCCGAAGUAGCCGUUGAGGAGAAACCUGAAAUAGUUACGAUACGACCUCGGGCAGCUUUCGUCGUAGGCCAAGAUGCUGACAGUGAUAUAGAUUCGGGCGAAGAUGACGAUGUACACUACAACCGUUUGAACAGUAGCCAACAGAAACAGUUCAUGACUAGAUUGAGUACGCUAUUGGAGAAUCCUCAGCCUAGCCUGUACAAACGAAAAGUUCCAAAACAUACAACAGCAACCGAGACCCGCAGUUCGAAUAUGCAGAGAAGUGCCAGCGAACCAAAUUUUGUACUGUUUCUAGAUGACUCGCUCAAUAACGAAAGUGAAACAGACAGUCCUAGUCGAACUCCUCCAGCAACUGUGCCACCUCCACCGAAAUUUGACGAAGCUGUUUUCAACACCAUAAAGGUUGACAGUGAACUGGGAAAGGCUCAAACACCAACUGUCAGAUUUGCGACUUCGUCGCCAAACAGUUCAGUUCCCGAAGCACCCAAAUUUGAUCCGGUUUUGUACAACACACUAGGGAAGCACAAAACCGAGCGAGCUAGCGUACUCGCUCAGCCACCACUCACCGCAAAUACCUCAGGUUACAAUGAUGUAACCCUGCCUAAGCUCAAUCCAAAAUCACCUUCCGAGACAGAGGAGGAAGAUCCGUCCGUUAACCCCCGGCAAGCUUUCAAAUCAAAAUUGGAGCAAAUUCUACAACGAGGACCGGUCAAUAAAAUCCGUCCCAAAUCGUUACCUCCAACGGCAUUCGAACGACAACCGUCGUCCACCGUACUAACCAACGGAAGUUCCUCCACUGCCUCCGAAUCAGCUACAGCGACAACAAACGGGAAAGUCUCCGAGACGAAGGAGAACUCCUCACCCAACAACUUCCGGGAUGUAGCGAAAUCCUUCGACACUGCCAAAAAACAACAAAAGCUCAUCUUUGACGAUGUACUGAAAGCGAUCAACCCGGAUACCCGGCCGAGCGUUAUUCGCAACUCCCUCGAGCAUCGAAUGUCAUUCUCAGAGUUUAAGAAGGGAUUGAGGAAAACGGUCCCAUCGAAGCAAUAUUUGCCGAACGCGUAAUACGAGGUAAUAAGAUCAGGUUCUAGUGUUACCAAGCUGAGCAAGACUAAUACGGACGUACAAUGUUGGUAGACUUUACUACUUAUAGACUUACGAGUAUGCUAAGGGACCAUUCAUAAAUUACGUAAUGCUUUUGGGGGGAGUGAAAUAACAAAAUGUGACAUGUUGUGACAUAUGGGAAGGGGGAGUAAGCUAGAGCGUUACGUAACAUGUUUUUACUGAAGAAUUUUUUUUAACAAUUUUGUUACGUAAUAGAGGAGGGGAGACAAAGAAAUGUAUGACAAUUUGUUAGAUGGGGAUGGAGUAGUCAAUUUUGGGCAAUCUUUGCGUUACGUAAUAUACGAAUGGUCCCUAAAGGGCUAUAUGAUUUGCCAAGUUCAACGACACUAAGUCGAAUAGCUUUUUCGCAGUCUUGAUUCACUGUAUUUCAGGGGGUCGUCUCCGGUAUGGUAAAAAGAUAUUUAUAACACAUAAAUUAUCUUAAUCCCAUGGAAAACGUAAUUUUAGGCAACGUACUGUAUAGGAUAAGUUAAAUAUAAGUUGCUCAAAGCUCAGAUCCUAUGCCGAAAAUAAAUGUAGCGAGAUUUUUAAA